UAAGUGCGGACACAACCUACUUUGUAGCACGAACACGUGAGGAUAUGGGUGUCCGAGAGUGUGUCUUCACUUAGGAGUGUGUCCACACAUAAUGAGUAUAUGAAGGAAGCCUCUGCGCCCGGUUUUUAAAACCAUUGAAGUUACGAUGUCAAAUUUCGAAGAUAUGAAGACUGGGCCCGACCGAGAGAACAAUCAUCACAAAGGAAGUAUCUAUUGCUCGCAAGAAAGAAACUUCUUGGAUCGAUGCGAGAUUGUCAAUCAUGGCCACUUGACUUUUCAGCUAACAAUGCUCUCUCUGGAGCGGUUUGGAGCUCAGAUUAAAGACACCUACUACGAAGAAGUGCCUGGCUCGGUCCAGCUCUUAUUGAACGAUCUUCCCUUCCAUGUACGAAAGCCGGCAGUCAAACGAGGUCUGGCUCGGUUGCUGGAUGGCCUCCAGGACAUGGCAACGCAACGUCCUAUUCAGAUGGAUCAUUCCAAGAUCAAUUGAAAAUAGAAAACCAAGCCCUACGACAUCAGAAAGUUCCAGCGAACCUGAUAAGGAUUCAUCACCGCCAGAACCUCCAUCGAUCCGAUCUAUCCUCCUUUGUAUCAGUCGUCUGCGAUCCAAUUAUCACAGAACAGUCAUGAUCUCCGUCAACAUAGCCCAGGUCCAAGAUGACGAGGAUCUAUUUAAAACCUUGAAGCGAGCAUAUCGCCAUGAAGUCGGCGAAAUCCAAUGGUGGAUUUCCAUGCGGACAAUUACUAGAAUCAGAUUCGUUCAAUUUGAAAUCGAUGCGGGGUCUCUGGCAGAUAUCAAGUUCUUUUCCUGUGAGGAGAGGAAAGUUAGAGAAUCUUUGCCCCCAGAAGACCACCCAGAUUAUCUCUAUGCACCCAAGCCCAUCAGAUCAAUACCCCCGGUUGGGCACAAUAUGCUUUUGACCAUGUACCACGCACCGAGAAACGGUACAGGACGAAAGCAUGCACGAAUCGGAUGCCCACCUACCUCCAAGAUAGAGUCGCACUCAGGCCGGAUGACGGGCUUGGGAGCGGCUGGGGCCUGGAAUUAGUCGAAGAGAGGAGAUGGGAGAUCUUUUGGUAUGUUGGCGCUGUGGUUUUGGUUUGUAGUACGGUGGUGGGACUGAUUUAUGGUGUGGUGAAACAUGAUGUCUCUGCGGGUUUCACGGUCGCGGGGUUCCUGCAAACGAGCUUCGGUGUUAGUGUUGCUCUUGCUACAUUGUCUGCGACCGUGGACUACUUAGCAUAGUUGCACCCCUCCAUGCAAGGCAUUCGGUAAGGAAGCAGGCUGCAGUUGGCAAAGUCGGAGGCCUCCGGUU